CGUAAAGUAAAUUCAGUCUCCGUCUUUAAUUUUCUACCCUCGUUACUCCAACUCAAACUCUUGCUCCAACGAUGUGUUAAAUAGUAUUAGUAAAUACAGUAGUUGAUAAAUAAAUUAAUUGCAAUUUUAUUUUAUAAAAUAAAAAUAAAAAAUCACCAUGUCUGUGUCAGUGUAUCUGUUUUCUAAGCUCUUAAUUAUGACUUUGAUAAUCAACAAAGUAUCAUCAGCAUGUACAAAAGUGAAAAAUGAAGACAUGAUUGAGUACUCUUGUGAGAAUGGUACUCUUGCUGACCUUUACUCGAUCCCUGAACGAACUGAAAAAAUCCGCAUAGCAAACAUAGACUUGUCCCAUUUAACCGCGGACACUUUCGGUAGAUUUGGCGACGACCUGUGGGUCCUCUCAUGCUCUCACUGUUCAAUCCAAGAGAUAGAUGACGACGCUUUUAAAACUCUUACCAGCUUGCAGCAGCUGAGGUUGGAUAACAAUAAUUUACGUGCUGUAAAAGCCCAGUGGUUCCAAGGUUUGAAGUAUUUAACCUACUUGGAUUUUAAUUACAACGAGAUUGAGAGUAUCGAAGACGGGGUUUUUGCUAAUCUGCCCGGUCUUGUAGAUCUGAGGAUUGCUGGGAAUAAAUUACAGUGUUUAAAUGUUGAUGAAAUGUCGCACUUAGUGGACUUGAAACGCGUAUUUUUGAACCGUAAUCCCGAAUUCAAGUGCCCGAAUGCGGUGAAUCAGUUGAUGCAGUCCAAGAAUAUUAAUUAUGAACGUGAUGAUGCUUGGGAUAAAAUUACUCAUGAUUUAAUUCAACCUAAAUCUGCUAAGUUAUUGUCUAAGGUCUUGGAGUCGGUUACUGAAACUUUGAGAAUUUAUGAUAGACCUGAGUCGGGAACUGAAGAUCCAAGGAGUUAUGAAAGACCUGAGGAUCCAAGAAUUCAUGAAAUUCCUGAAUCAAGAAAAUAUGAUCCAAGAGUUCAUGGAAGACCUGAAGAUCCAAGAAUUCAUGAAAAACCUGAAGAUCCAAGAAUUCAUGAAAGACCAGAGGAUUCAAGAAUUCAUGAAAGACCUGAAGAUCCAAGAAUUCAUGAAAUUCCUGAAUCAAGAACAUAUAAUCCAAGAGUUCAUGGAAGACCUGAAGAUUCAAGAAUUCAUGAAAGACCUGAAGAUCCAAGAAUUCAUGAAAUUCCUGAUUCAAGAACAUAUGAUCCAAAAAUUCAUGAAAGACCUGAAGAUCCAAGAAUUCAUGAAAUUCCUGAAUCAAGAACAUAUGAUCCAAGAAUUCAUGGAAGACCUGAAGAUCCAAGAAUUCAUGAAAGACCUGACAUGACACCUGAUGAUCCAAGAAUUCAUGAAAUACCUGAAUCAAGAACAAAUGAUUCAAGAAUUUAUGAAAGACCUGAAGAUCCAAGAAUUCAUGAAAGACCAGAGGAUCCAAGAAUUCAUGAAAUACCUGAAUCAAGAACAUAUGAUCCAAGAAUUCAUGGAAGACCUGAAGAUCCAAGAAUUCAUGAAAGACCUGAAGAUCCAAGAAUUCAUGAAAGACCUAACAUGACACCUGAAGAUCCAAGAAUUCAUGAAAGACCAGAAGAUCCAAGAAUUCAUGAAAGACCUGAAGAUCCAAGAAUUUCAGAAAGACCAGAAAAUCCAAGAAUUCAUGAAUUAUUAAACAUGAGACCAGAAGAUCCAAGAAUUCAUGAAAUCCUUAACAUGAGACCAGAAGAUCCAAGAAUUCAUGAAAUUCUUAACAUGCGACCUGAAGAUCCAAGACUUCCUGAAAUCCUUGAAUCACUAAAAAAUAAUCCCCGACUUUACGAACCUGAAAAUCAAAAUAUUUAUGACCCACCUGAAUCAAUCACCGACCUACCUACAGCUCCUCCAAGACCUGAUGAAGAAUCAAGAAACCAUCCAAGGCCAGAAUUAAUGACAGAGCCACCGAAAAUCUACCAAAGAUUCGACCUAACAAACCCACCUGAAGUAUACGAAAAUUACGAAACAACGCCGAUGUAUCGUGAACGUUUAAUAAUAACUCAUAACUCAGAAUUGCCUUCUAGUACGAGUAAUAUUAAUUAUCCAGUAACAAGCAUGCAUUACCCAACAUCUGUUACUUAUCCUGAUAAAUCAGACACUUAUUCUCGACCUGAAGCUUCAAGAAAUUUUCCAGAAAUACCAACCCCACCAGUGUCAGUGCCACAAGAGCCUUAUUAUCCGCGAUCAUCGACCUUUGCUCCAUAUAGCGAAGUAAACGCGCACCGCCUGCCAACAUCCACGUCCAAAAUAUCCUGGACGUCAAACUCCGAGGACAUCAACACUUUUGACGACAUAUACUACCCGAUUGAGGCGGACCCGCUGUCCCGGGAAGACAACCACAAUAUUAAUUAUCCAGAGCCUGGACAUAAUCCUACCAGGCCUUUUGAACAUGAGAAAGAAGUCACCGAUAAAUUAGCAAGCUUGCCUUUGGGCAAUCCUCACACGCUUGAAAAUUAUCAACAGGUUGAUGAAAUGCCGCCGGUGACUAUUUUUACUGCUGAAGAACAGACCAAUGGACCCGUGACAACGACCACGGACAAGCCUCUGCCUAGCUGCAGCUCUUCUUCCUCAAUCGGGUUCGGCGGUUUUAUUGCUAUACUUUGUUUCGCGGUUUCCCAUUCGAUUUUACGAACGAUCUAGUCGCGACGAACUGGAGAAGAGUGGAGAGUUGGAGAUGAAAGACUUUUUUAUUUUAUUUUUUCAUAUAGCUUCGUUAAUAUUGAACUCCAGUACCUUUAAUUAUUAUUUAAAUGCUUUUAACAAGUACCUAUGGAUUAUCAAUGCAACGUUUAAUGGACAAUAUUUUAUUUUAUUUAUUUUAUUCCAAGGACCGAUUUAUGCCUCAUUUAAUUCUGAUGGGCAAAAGAAGCUGCCGAAGCGGAGCGGCUUGAGAAGCAGAUGAAACUCGAGAAUGAUGAAAACAA